GCCCGUAAUCGCCUUCAAAAAGGGUAUGAAUUUAGCAAAGAACAAGCAUUUGUAUUAAUUUCUCACAAGAGAAUUAGAAGAAGUAAAAGCCAAGUAAUCUCUAAAGAAGGAGGAGAUGUGGAUAUAUGCUUAGUAUCUGAUACCACUCUAGAAGGGGAGACUAUCAAACAAAUGGCUCAGCGUAUUAUGAAAAAUAAACUUAGUGAAAAGGAUGUAAAGGCAAUAUCUAGAACCUUAGUCGAAACAUCUUCUGAUGCUGUCGUUGCCUUAUCCCGCCUCUCUAGGCUUCGAAGAGAAUUAUAG